CAGUAGACGAGGUCAGGUGCCUUUGUAGGAUUAACCGAUGGUAAACUCUGAUAAAGCAGCAAUUUUUUUCUUCUCUCUCUCUCUCUCUCUCUCUCUCUCUCUCUCUCUCUCUCAUCCAUCCAUCCAUCCAUCCAUCCUGGAAUGUUUGGAGCCUGGCGGCAUAACUCUGGCUAGUAUUCGCACUUUCAGAGCAAUUAUCCAGCAAGAGCAGGCGGUUUCAUGGCUUCAUCAACGUUGAUAGGUUCAAGAUUUUGCUGAAAACAGCUUGACUGCCCAAAGGAAAGUGAUAGUGGAACAGUGUUCCAGUGGGGUCGAAAAUUUAAUUUGCAGGUAGUGCCUUUCAUUUUGAAGACCUCUCAACAUGGCCAAGAAGAGGAAGUAUCACCAAUAUUCGAUGGAAUACCUAAAAUUCAUUCAUUCCAUCUCCUUCCAACAUACAGCUUCCGUUUUGUCUUCUUUGUGAGAAAACAUUUUCAGAUGAAGCAAUGAAGCCUUCCUAACUGAAAGACCAUUUGGUAAGAAUUCAUUCGGAUAAAGCUGACAAACCGGCAUCAUUUUUCCAAUCCUUAAAGGCCAAGUUUGAGGGUCGCAGCACUGUUGGGAAGUUAUUUGGGAAAUCGUCACUCAAUGCUGACAAGGGGCUCAUUUGUUCCUAUGAAGUAUCUUUGUUGAUAGCAAAAUGUGGCAAACCUCACACUAUCAGAGAAACGCUGAUUUUACCAGCAGUGAAACAGAUUGUUGCCACCAUGUUGGGGCCCAGCACAAUUACUAUCACGCAAUCGAUUCCUUUGAGCAAUGACACCGUAUCGAAAAGAAUUGAUGAAAUGGUUGCUGAUGUGGAAGAAAGGCUUAUUGAUACCUUGAAAAAUACAGAAUUCGUGAUGCAGAUUGAUGAGUCAACGAUUCGUGAAAAUGAAGUCUUAUUAUUGACUUAUGUCCGUUUCAUCAACGGGAAUGAAGAGAUCGGGGAAGAACUGUUAUUUGUUCGAAACUUAGCCACCGACACAAAAGGUUCUUCGAUAUUUAAAAAGGUUGAAGAGUUUUUUAAUGAGAAAAACAUCCCUUUGACAAACGUCGUGGCAUGUGCAACCGACGGAGCUGCAUCCAUGGUUGGACGAUAUCGUGGAUUUCAAGCUCAUCUAAAAUCGGUUGUACCUGGAGUUAUGACUGUCCAUUGUGUUGUUCAUAGACAGCACCUUGUCUCAAAAAAUUUGAGUGGCCGUUUGCACGAGUCUCUAUGUUAUGUCAUUAAUAUUGAUAUUAAUACUUACCCAAUAUUGUGGGAGGAAGUUAAGUUGCUUCUUUUAGCCUUUCCUUCCACUUACUUAGUGGAGAGGGGCUUCGGUGCCAUCCAGCAGAUCCUUUCUAAGUCAAGGAACAUGUUGAAGAUCUCUGAGUGCGGUGAUUUAAGAAUGCGAUUAACAAAAAUGGUUCCAGACCUCAAGAAAUUGACAUCAGCUCACCAAGCACAAGGCAGCCAUUGAUAGUGGUUUUUUUUUUUUUUGCUUUUUGUAUACAUACAUUUUUUUCGUUAAUAAUUGUCUGAGCUUUUAUCGAUGUAUUUGCUUGUAUUGGAUUUCACGUUCCAGUUUGAGUUUUUGGCUUUGUUUUCGAAUUUUUGUUGUACUCUGUAAAACAUUUUGUGUCUCUCUUUAUAUUGUACUUUUUUAGCAUGCACUCCAAUUCAAUAUUAUAUUUUGUGUC